UAGAGCUGACCGCCUCAGAAAAACAAGCAAUGGAGGAAAUUUAUGUCAAUGCUGAAGAUUUCAAAUCUGACAACCCAAUACCGUCAACAGUAAAUCCCAAGGGUCCAAGAAGCUCUACGAGAAGUUUCUAUUCAGGUGUUACUCUCUCUCUGGGACUGCUGAGUGUUCUCCUGCUGAUUGGACUCAUCACCCUUGGGGUCUACUUGCAUGAUUCGACUGCAAGUCUCUCUGCCAUGAGUAGCAAACUUUCCUCCAUGAAUGAGGAGAGAGACCAUCUGAAGGCAAAUCUUUCCACUAUGAGGAACAAACUUUCCUCAGUGAUCGAGAACAGAAACCUCCUGAAUGCCAGUCUAACUGAAAAGAUCGAAGAGCUGGAAAGACUUCAGAAUUUGUCCAAACAGAAGAAAACGUGUCCUGCAGGAUGGAGGAAGUUCAGUCGUAGCUGUUAUCUCCUCUCUCAAAGCUCUGAUUCCUGGGAUGCAGGUAGGAACAAAUGCAGAGAGAGAGGAGCAGAUCUGGCGGUGAUAGACAGCGCUGAAGAACAGGAUUUCCUCGCUACAUUCACCCAGAGACCGACUUGGAUUGGUUUAACUGACACACAAGAAGAGGGAAAGUGGAAAUGGGUAGAUGGAACGCCUCUGACUCUGAAGUACUGGGCACCUCAUCAACCUGAUAAUGGUGGUGGAGACCCAAAGUGGGGAGAAGAGGACUGUGCUCAAAUCAGAACUCUUGAAAACACUUUGUGGAAUGAUUUGUCAUGUGGAAGUUCUCUGUUGUGGGUCUGUGAAAAAGUACCAUAACACCACUUAUUCAUUUUUUGAAUAUAUGUGCACAUAUAUUAUGCAAGGUUUACUCUGGUUAAUAUUUUACUAUAUUUUCUUCUGAUUACUAUUAUUCUGAUUUCUGAAAAUGUAUUUAACUUUAGCUAAAUGGAUGCAAUCCUGAAAUGUACCUGUAACUAUAUACUGUUAUUUUUUAUCAAUAGAUCUACAUACUGUCAUGAUCCUGGGCUGUUGGCCCAGUGUGAUUUGUUUCUGUUGGAUAAAUUCUAAAACAAGACCACACGAUCAGUCCGAUA